AUGUUAUCACGACUGACUAAAGUUCCAACUCCGCUGACUCCACAUUUCGUGCUUUUCCUUGUUAUUGACCACCAUUCGGAGGGCGCCACUGCAUCCAGUGAUUCGCUGUGUGGGCGCUUUGGCGACUGUCGUGCGUAUCUAUGCCAGUUUGCAUUUUGUCCUGUAGGUGCCCGUUGGACCGGUGAGGUGGAUAAGGCAUUCAUGCGGCACAAACAAGGCACGCAUAUAAAAAUAAAUCUGGCGUUAGAGUGA